CUGCCCCCGCGCGCACGCCACCUCGCCCCGUCCCCACCCCACCAUGCCUCACUCCUCCUACCUCGCCCUCGCCCUCGCCGUUGCGGCGGUUCUUGCUAUGGCCGCCGUCGAGGUGUCCGGCCUCGGCUUCGACCUCCACCACCGCUACUCCCCCAUCGUCCAGCGGUGGGCGGAGGAGCGUGGCCACGCUGGCGUGUCCUGGCCUGCCGGCGCCGAGGUGAUCGGCUCGCCCGAGUACUACUCCGCGCUGUCCCGACACGACCACGCCCUCUUCGCGCGACGCGGGCUCGCCCAGGGCGACGGCCUCGUCACCUUCGCCGACGGCAACAUCACCCUGCGGCUCGACGGAUCGCUGCACUACGCGGAGGUGGCGGUGGGCACGCCGAACACGACGUUCCUGGUGGCGCUCGACACCGGCAGCGACCUCUUCUGGGUGCCCUGCGACUGCAAGCAGUGCGCUCCCCUCGGCAACCUCACGGCGGUGGACGGCGGCGGCGGCCCGGAGCUCAGGCAGUACAGCCCGAGCAAGUCGUCGACGAGCAAGACGGUCACCUGCGCCAGCAACCUCUGCGACCAGCCCAACGCCUGCGCCACGGCCACCAGCAGCUGCCCCUACGCCGUCCGCUACGCCAUGGCCAACACCUCCUCCUCCGGCGAGCUCGUCGAGGACGUGCUCUACCUCACCAGGGAGAAGGGCGCCGCCGCCGCCGCCGCCGGAGCCGCCGUGCGAACUCCCGUGGUGUUCGGGUGCGGGCAGGUGCAGACGGGCUCGUUCCUCGACGGCGCCGCCGCCGACGGCCUCAUGGGUCUCGGCAUGGAGAAGGUGUCCGUGCCCAGCAUCCUCGCCAGCACCGGCGUCGUCAAGUCGAACAGCUUCUCCAUGUGCUUCAGCAAAGACGGCCUCGGCCGGAUCAACUUCGGCGACACCGGCAGCGCCGACCAGUCCGAGACGCCGUUCAUCGUCAAAUCCACACACUCCUACUACAACAUCAGCAUCACGUCGAUGAGCGUCGGGGACAAGAACUUGCCGUUGGGGUUCUACGCCAUUGCUGACUCCGGCACGUCCUUCACCUACCUCAACGACCCGGCCUACACGGCCUACACCACCAAUUUCAACGCGCAGAUCAGCGAGAGGAGGGCCAACUUCAGCGGCAGUACUCGUUCUGGUCCAUUUCCUUUCGAGUACUGCUACUCGUUGAGUCCUGAUCAAACAACGGUGGAACUGCCUGUUGUGAGCCUGACGACCAAUGGAGGAGCCGUGUUCCCGGUGACCAGCCCUGUUUACCCCAUCGCGGCUCAGAUGACAAACGGAGAGAUUCGUAUCAUUGGUUACUGCCUGGCUGUCAUCAAGAGCGAUCUCCCCAUCGACAUCAUUGGCCAGAACUUCAUGACCGGGCUCAAGGUCGUCUUCAACCGUGAGAAAUCCGUCCUGGGCUGGCAAAAGUUCGACUGUUACAAGGACGAGAAGAUGACAGACGACGGGUCGAGCGUCGGGAGCCCGAGCCCAUCGCCGGGGCCGACCACUCACGUCUUCCCGCAGCCGCAGGAGAGCGACUCGCCGGCGGGCAGAACGCCCAUCCCCGGCGCGGCGCCGGUGCCGCGGUCGAGCAGCGCGGCAGCUGGCGGCCGUGCAGGCUUCCGGCUCCUGUCGUCCAUGGCGCUCUUGCUGCUGGCUGCUGCUGCUGCAGCUGUUUUCUGAUGAUUUUUUUUUUACUUGGGGAGUUUAUAGGUGAUUUCAUUCGUGGUGGCUGCUCUGCUGUGUACAUAACACAUGCAUGCAUUCGAGAUGAUUUUUAUUCAGAAAGCGUAGAUAGAUCGAUCGAUCAUUGUAGGAUUUAGUAAUUUGUUCUUGUGAUGAUGAUUGAUGUGUAUAUGGUUACGAGGAUUUUCGUUGUUGGAUUCGGUGAUAAGCGAGCUACGUUCAUUUAUUAUACGAAUAAAGAUGGAUAAAAUUAUACUGCAUCUUUCAA